AUGGAUUUGAAGCCGCAGUUCGAAUGCCAAGUGUUCUUCGAUUAUUCCGAACAGUUCCAAACGACGGACGUUGCAGCAUCCGAGUUCAAUACGGCUGGCACCACCUGUUACGAUUUUCGAGAUUUGCCAUCGUCACCAAUAAGUGAGUCCACCGAUCCGAACACCUCCCCGGGGGCCAGCAGCCCCAUCAAGAAGAAGCAGAUGCUCGUGAUGAAAAAUUUCCAACCUGGAUCGGCACCCGUUGUCAAGAAGAGAAGGUUGGCAGCUAACGCCCGCGAACGUCGACGCAUGCACGGACUCAACGUGGCCUUCGAUCGACUUCGGGAGGUCGUUCCGGGCAUCAGCUCAGACAGGAAACUUUCGAAGUACGAGACCCUGCAGAUGGCCCAGAGUUACAUCAACGCUCUGUCGGAACUCCUCCACUGA